AUGGAGGAGAUGAGUCUUCAAGUUAUUAUUAUUAUUAUAUAUUAUAUUCAAGUUAAAUUCAGGUUUGUAUCACCUCUUGCCAUUUGUCAACAAAGCAGGACAGACCAUCAGAUCUGGAGCUAGCUGAUGUAAUCAAACGGCUCAGCAGUGAUAGCCGUUGAUAACGGUGAUCUAUUUAGCAUAAGCAACACAUUUUAAAUAAUCCUUUACAUGGCGAUACUUUCGUCAUUCUCGACUUGAAAAACACCGGUAUCUUCUAAACUCCCAUCGCUAGUUGCAGGUGGAACGUUUGAAUUUUGAAAAUGCUCCGUUAUUAAGUUUAAUCAAUUUUUGCUCCAUCAAAUAAUUUGACGAUGUAUACGCCGCAAUCUUAGAGUAUCUUUGUCUUAUCUCAUUGAUCAAGACAGGUGAGUGUCAUUCAAAGCUAAGCUUGAUUUCUGAGUGGCACAUAUGAUGUGCAGCACUUUGGGGUGGACACCCACCUGACCCGAUCAAUGAGAGAAAACAAAGAUACUCAAACAUGGCGGAGUAUUAGGGCUGUCCCCGACUAAAAAAAUAUUGGUCGACCGAAAGUCGUCUGUUCUUUAGAUUAAACGAUUGGUCGACAUUUUUUAACGUGUAUAUUUCCAUAUAGACAUUUGGUAUGUGUUUUAAAAAAAAUCACUAUAAGCAUUGAGCUGGUCUGAUGCUUACGGUUUGAUGCCUCACGAGGGCGCCAGAGAUCUAGAUAACCAGAUGAAAAAUACCUUAACCUGCCCCCAACUUCUCCUCCCGCUCCUGUUGGCUUUCGCAUAUUCUGCCAUUACUGUCCUGAAGUUGCCGGUAAUAGGCUACACGAAGAGUCGGCAACCUUACUCAUGUUGAAUGCCUUCAUACUCUUGCGCAUUCAUACUACUUGCGCUUCACGGAGCAGUGCAGAGCUGUUGUCAAGGAAGUGAGUUUGUGUUUAUACAGGAUGUACCGCCCCCACCUUCCGUCAACCAGUCAUGUCAAUGUGGAGCCCUCUCAUUGUUACAAAAUUUGGGAGGCGCAUGGCGAUGCGGUACAAAACUCAAUUUUGCAUCUGCAUGCCUUGCGUCACACCCUCCAUAUGGCGCCUCCGACCACAAAGGCAGAUCAAGCAUAAAUUGGCUCCGCAAUGGAUUAGUUCACUGAGAUGGGCACAAAUACAGUGCCUUCGGAAAGUAUUCAGACCCCUUGACUUUUUCCACAUUUUGUUGUGGUACAGCCUUAUUCUAAAAUGGAUUAAAUAAAUACAAAUCCUCAGCAAUCUACACACAAUACCCCAUAAUGACAAAUUGAAAACAAGGUUUUUAGAAAUGUUAUUAAAAAUAAAAACAGAUACCUUAUUUACAUAAAUAUUCAGACCCUUUGCUAUGAGACUCGAAAUUGAGCUCAGGUGCAUCCUGUUUCCAUUGAUCAUCCUUGAGGUUUCUACAACUUGAUUUGAGUCCACCUGUGGUAAAUUCAAUUGAUUGGAUAUGAUUUGGAAAGGCACACACCUGUCUAUAUUAGGUCCCACAGUUGACAGCAUGUCAGAGUAAAAACCAAGCCAUGAGGUCAAAGGAAUUGUCCUUAGAGCUCAGAGACUGUGUCGAGGCACAGAUCUGGGGAAGGGUACCAAAAACAUUCUGCAGCAUCGAAGGUCCCCAAGACACAGUGCCCUCCAUCAUUCUUAAAUGGAAGAAGUUUGGAACCACCAAGUAUCUUCCUAGAGCUGGCCGCCCUGCCAAAUUGAGCAAUCGGGGGAGACGGGCCUUGGUCAGGGAGGUGACCAAGAACCCGAUGGUCACUCUCUGACAGAGCUCUACAGUUCCUCUGUGGAGAUGGGAUAACCUUCCAGAAGGACAACCAUCUCUGCAGCACUCCACCAAUCAGGCCUUUAUGGUAGAGUGGCCAGACGGAAGCCACUCCUCAGUAAAAGGCACAUGACAGCCCGCUUGGAGUUUUCCAAAGGGCACUUAAAGGACUCUCAGACCAUGAGAAACAAGAUUCUCUGGUCUGAUGAAACCAAGAUUGAACUCUUUGGCCUGAAUGCCAAGCGUCACGUCUGGAGGAAACUUGGCACCGUCCCUACGGUGAAGCAUGGUGGUGGCAGCAUCAUGCUGUGGGGAUGUUUUUCACCAGCAGGGACUGGGAGACUAGUCAGGAUCGAAGGAAAGAUGAACGGAGCAAAGUACAGAGAGAUCCUUGAUGAAAACCUGCUCCAGAGCGCUCAGGACCUCAGACUGAGGUGAAGGUUCACCUUCCAACAGGACAACGACCCUAAGCACACAGCCAAGACAACACAGGAGUGCCUUCGGGACAAGUCUCUGAAUGUCCUUGAGUGGCCCAACCAGAGCCCGGACUUGAACCCGAUCGAACAUCUCUGGAGAGACCUGAAAAUAGCUGUGCAGUAACGCUCCCCAUCCAACCUGACAGAGCUUGAGAGGAUCUGCAGAGAAGAAUGAGAGAGAAUCCCAAAAUACAGGUGUGCCAAGCUUGUGGCGUCAUACCCAAGAAGACUCAAUGCUGUAAUCGCUGCCAAAGGUGCUUCAACAAAGUACUUUAAAGGGUCUGAAUACAAUUGACAAGUCGACUAAUUGGGGUCAGCCCUACGGAGUAUACGUGUUUGGAUUACUUCAUGGAGCUAACAUUUAUUUAAUUUAAUAAAUGAACAUUUUCUCAAUUCCAACGCCAAGUAAAGGUUAGUCUAAAAGAUUCAGAUGAAGGCUAAAUAGCAGCUUGUAGCUCUGCCGCUGAGGUUCGUGUUUACAAGGGUAAUCUGGAUCAAGGAUAGUGGUUCCAGUCCUUCAUAGGUAAGGUGUUAGGGCUGGGAAUUUCCAGGGACCUCAUGAUACGAUAUUAUAAAGAUACUUAGGUGCCGAUAAGAUACUUUUGUAUAUAUCGCGUAUGUGGACACCCCUUCAAAUUAGUGUAUUCGGCUAUUUCAGCCACACCCCUUGCUGACAGAUGUAUAAAAUCGCGCACACAGCCAUGCAAUCUCCAUAGACAAACAUUGGCAGUAGAAUGGCAUUACUAAAGAGCUCAGUGACUUUCAACGUGGCACUGUCAUAGGAUGCCACCUUUUCAACCCUAUCAAACACCUUUGGGAUGAAUUGGAACUCAGACUCCGAGCCAGGCCUAAUUGCCCAACCAGUGCCCGACCUCAAAUGCUUUUGUGGCUGAAUGGAAGCAAGUCCCCGCAGCAAUGUUCCAACCUCUAGUGGAAAGCCUUCCCAUAAGAGUGGAGGCUGUUAUAGCAGCAAAGGGGGGACCAACUCCAUAUUAAUGCCCAUGAUUUUGGAAUGAGAUGUUUGAUGAGCUGGUAUCCACAUACUUUUGGUCAUGUAGUGUGUGUAUGUAUUGCCAUUCUCACAAUUCUAUAUGCAUUGUGAUUUGAUACUACGAUUGGAUGUUCCAAACAUAUUGCUCACUAUAUGUCUGCUGCAAAGAGACGAGAGCAUUAGAACGCUUCAGUGGCUUGCGAAAGUAUUCACCCCCCUUGGCAUUUUUCCUAUUUUGUUGCCUUACAACCUGGAAUUAAAAUGGAUUUUUGGGGGGUUUGUAUCAUUUGAUUUACACAACAUGCCUACCACUUUGAAGAUGCAAAAUAUUUUGUAUUGUGAAACAAACAAUAAAUAAGUUAAAAAAACAACUUGAGCAUGCAUAACUAUUCACCCCCCCCAAAGUCAAUACUUUGUAGAGCCACCUUUUGCAGCAAUUACAGCUGCAAUUCUCCUUAGGUAUGUCUCCUAUAAGCUUGGCACAUCUAGCCACUGGGAUUUUUGCCCAUUCUUCAAUGCAAAACUGCUCCAGCUCCUUCAAGUUGGAUGGGUUCCGCUGGUGUACAGCAAUCUUUAAGUCAUACCACAGAUUCUCAAUUGGAUUGAGGUCUGGGCCAUUCCAAGACAUUUAAAUAUUUCCCCUUAAACUACUCAAGUGUUGCUUUAGCAGUAUGCUUAGGGUCAUUGUCCUGCUGGAAGGUGAACCUCAGUCCCUGCUGACGAAAAACAUCCCAACAGCAUAAUGCUGCCACCACCAUGCUUUACUGUGGGGAUGGUGUUCUUGGGGUGAUGAGAGGUGUUGGAUUUGCGCCAGACAUAGCGUUUUCCUUGAUGGCCAAAAAGCUCAAUUUUAGUCUCAUCUGACCAGAGUACCUUCUUCCAUAUGUUUGGGGAGUCUCCCACAUGCCUUUUGGCGAACACCAAAUGUGUUUGCUUAUUUUUUUCUUUAAGCAAUGGCUUUUUUCUGGCCACUCUUCUGUAAAGCCCAGCUCUGUGGAGUGUACGGCUUAACGUGGUCCUAUGGACAGAUACUCAAAUCUCCGCUGUGGAGCUUUGCAGCUCCUUCAGGGUUAUCUUUGGUCUCUUUGUUGCCUCUGGUUAAUGCCCUCCUUGCCUGGUCUGUGAGUUUUGGUGGGCGGCCCUCUCUUGGCAGGUUUGUUGUGGUGCCAUAUUCUUUCCAUUUUUUUAUAAUGGAUUUAUUGGUGCUCCGUGGGAUGUUGAAAGUUUCUGAUAUUUUUUAAUAAUCCAACCUUGAUAUGUACUUCUUCACAACUUUGUCCCUGACCUGUUUGGAGAGCUCCUUGGUCUUCAUGGUGCUGCUUGCUUGGUGGCUUAGUGAUGUUGCUGAAUCUGGGGCCUUUCAGAACAGGUGUGUGUAUGUAUGUAUGUAUGUAUGUAUGUAUGUAUGUGUAUGUAUGUGUAUAUAUAUAUAUAUAUAUAUAUAUACACACACACACACACACACACACACACAGUGGGGAGAACAAGUAUUUGAUACACUGCCGAUUUUGCAGGUUUUCCUACUUACAAAGCAUGUAGAGGUCUGUAAUUUUUAUCAUAGGUACACUUCAACUGUGAGAGACCAGAAAAAUCCAGAAAAUCACAUUGUAUGAUUUUUAAGUAAUUAAUUUGCAUUUUAUUGCAUGACAUAAGUAUUUGAUACAUCAGAAAAGCAGAACUUAAUAUUUGGUACAGAAACCUUUGUUUGCAAUUACAGAGAUCAUACGUUUCCUGUAGGUCUUGACCAGGUUUGCACACACUGCAGCAGGGAUUUUGGCCCACUCCUCCAUACAGACCUUCUCCAGAUCCUUCAGGUUUCGGGGCUGUCGCUGGGCAAUACAGACUUUCAGCUCCCUCCAAAGAUUUUCUAUUGGGUUCAGGUCUGGAGACUGGCUAGGCCACUCCAGGACCUUGAGAUGCUUCUUACGGAGCCACUCCUUAGUUGCCCUGGCUGUGUGUUUCGGGUCGUUGUCAUGCUGGAAGACCCAGCCACGACCCAUCUUCAAUGCUCUUACUGAGGGAAGGAGGUUGUUGGCCAAGAUCUCGCGAUCCAUGGCCCCAUCCAUCCUCCCCUAAAUACGGUGCAGUCGUCCUGUCCCCUUUGCAGAAAAGCAUCCCCAAAGAAUGAUGUUUCCACUGCCACGCUUCACGGUUGGGAUGGUGUUCUUGGGGUUGUACUCAUCCAUCUUCUUCCUCCAAACACGGCGAGUGGAGUUUAGACCAAAAAGCUCAUAUUUUUGUCUCAUCAGACCACAUGACCUUCUCCCAUUCCUCCUCUGGAUCAUCCAGAUGGUCAUUGGAAAACUUCAGACGGGCCUGGACAUGCGCUGGCUUGAGCAGGGGGACCUUGCGUGCGCUGCAGGAUUUUAAUCCAUGACGGCGUAGUGUGUUACUAAUGGUUUUCUUUGAGACUGUGGUCCCAGCUCUCUUCAGGUCAUUGACCAGGUCCUGCCGUGUAGUUAUGGGCUGAUCCCUCACCUUCCUCAUGAUCAUUGAUGCCCCAUGAGGUGAGAUCUUGCAUGGAGCCCCAGACCGAGCCCCAGACCGAGGGUGAUUGACCGUCAUCUUGAACUUCUUCCAUUUUCUAAUAAUUGCGCCAACAGUUGUUGCCUUCUCACCAAGCUGCUUGCCUAUUGUCCUGUAGCCCAUCCCAGCCUUGUGCAGGCCUACAAUUUUAUCCCUGAUGUCCUUACACAGCUCUCUGGUCUUGGCCAUUGUGGAGAGUUUGGAGUCUGUUUGAUUGAGUGUGUGGACAGGUGUCUUUUAUACAGGUAACGAGUUCAAACAGGUGCAGUUAAUACAGGUAAUGAGUGGAGAACAGGAGGGCUUCUUAAAUAAAAACGAACAGGUCUGUGAGAGCCGGAAUUCUUACUGGUUGGUAGGUGAUCAAAUACUUAUGUCAUGCAAUAAAAUGCAAAUUAAUUACUUAAAAAUCAUACAAUGUGAUUUUCUGGAUUUUUGUUUUAGAUUCCGUCUCUCACCGUUGAAGUGUACCUAUGAUAAAAAUUACAGACCUACAUGCUUUGUAAGUAGGAAAACCUGCAAAUUCGGCAGUAAAUCAAAUUCUUGUUCUCCCCACUGUGUGUGUGUGUAUGUAUAUAUAUAUAUGUAUAUAUAUGUGUGUGUGUGUAUAUAUAUAUAUAUAUAUAUAUAUAUAUAUAUAUAUAUAUAUAUAUAUAUAUAUAUAUAUAUAUACAUAUAUAUAUAUAUAUACAUACUGAGAUCAUGUGACACUUAGAUUGCACACAGGUGGACUUUAUUUCACUACUUAUGUGACUUCUGAAGGUAAUUGGUUGCACCAGAUCUUAUUUAUGGGCUUCAUAGCAAAGGGGGUGAAUACAUACAGUGAGGGGAAAAAAGUAUUUGAUCCCCUGCUGAUUUUGUAAGUUUGCCCACUGACAAAGAAAUGAUCAGUCUAUACUUUUAAUGGUAGGUUUAUUUGAACAGAUGGUUUUUGCAACUGCACUUUAAGAAACUUUAAAAGUUCUCAAUGUUCCGUAUUGACUGACCUUCAUGUCUUAAAGUAAUCAUGGACUGUUGUUUCUCUUUGCUUAUUUGAGUUGUUCUUGCCAUAAUACGGACUUGGUCUUUUACCAAAUAGGGCAAUCUUCGGUAUAAAUCAAAUCAAAUCAAAUUUUAUUGGUCACAUGCGCCGAAUACAACAGGUGCAGACAUUACAGUGAAAUGCUUACUUACAGCCCUUAACCAACAGUGCAUUUAUUUUAAACAAAAAAGUAAAAAUAAAACAACAACAAAAAAAGUGUCGAGAAAAAAAAGAGCAGAAGUAAAAUAAAGUGACAGUAGGGAGGCUAUAUAUACAGGGGGGUACCGUUUCAGAGUCAAUGUGCGGGGGCACCGGCUAGUUGAGGUAAUAUGUACAUGUGGGUAGAGUUAAAGUGACUAUGCAUAAAUACUUAACAGAGUAGCAGCAGCGUAAAAAGGAUGGGGUGGGGGGGGCAGUGCAAAUAUACCACCCCUACCUUGUCACAACACAACUGAUUGGCUCAAACGCAUUAAGAAAAUCAACAAAUUAACUUUUAAGAAGGCACCCCUGUUAAUUGAAAUGCGUUCUAGGUGACAACGUCAUGAAGCUGGUUGAGAGAAUGCCAAGAGUGUGAAAGCUGUCAUCAAGGCAAAGGGUGGCUAUUUGAAGAAUCUCAAAUAUAUUUUGAUUUGUUUAACACGUUUUUGGUUACUACAUGAUUCCAUAUGUUAUUUCAUAGUUUUGAUGUCUUCACUAUUAUUCUAUAAUGUAGAAAAUAGUACAAAUAAAGAAAAACCCUUGAAUGAGUAGGUGUUCUAUAACUUUUGACCGGUACUGUAUACAGUGGGGAGAACAAGUAUUUGAUACACUGCCGAUUUUGCAGGUUUUCCUACUUACAAAGCAUGUAGAGGUCUGUAAUUUUUAUCAUAGGUACACUUCAACUGUGAGAGACGGAAUCUAAAACAAAAAUCCAGAAAAUCACAUUGUAUGAUUUUUAAGUAAUUAAUUUGCAUUUUAUUGCAUGACAUAAGUAUUUGAUCACCUACCAACCAGUAAGAAUUCCGGCCCUCACAGACCUGUUAGUUUUUCUUUAAGAAGCCCUCCUGUUCUCCACUCAUUACCUGUAUUAACUGCACCUGUUUGAACUCGUUACUUGUAUAAAAGACACCUGUCCACACACUCAAUCAAACAGACUCCAAACUCUCCACAAUGGCCAAGACCAGAGAGCUGUGUAAGGACAUCAGGGAUAAAAUUGUAGACCUGCACAAGGCUGGGAUGGGCUACAGGACAAUAGGCAAGCAGCUUGGUGAGAAGGCAACAACUGUUGGCGCAAUUAUUAGAAAAUGGAAGAAGUUCAAGAUGACGGUCAAUCACCCUCGGUCUGGGGCUCCAUGCAAGAUCUCACCUCGUGGGGCAUCAAUGAUCAUGAGGAAGGUAAGGGAUCAGCCCAUAACUACACGGCAGGACCUGGUCAAUGACCUGAAGAGAACUGGGACCACAGUCUCAAAGAAAACCAUUAGUAACACACUACGCCGUCAUGGAUUAAAAUCCUGCAGCGCACGCAAGGUCCCCCUGCUCAAGCCAGCGCAUGUCCAGGCCUGUCUGAAGUUUGCCAAUGACAAUCUGGAUGAUCCAGAGGAGGAAUGGGAGAAGGUCAUGUGGUCUGAUGAGACAAAAAUAUAGCUUUUUGGUCUAAACUCCACUCGCUGUGUUUGGAGGAAGAAGAAGGAUGAGUACAACCCCAAGAACACCAUCCCAACCGUGAAGCAUGGAGGUGGAAACAUCAUUCUUUGGGGAUGCUUUUCUGCAAAGGGGACAGGAUGACUGCACCGUAUUGAGGGGAGGAUGGAUGGGGCCAUGUAUCGCGAGAUAUUGGCCAACAACCUCCUUCCCUCAGUAAAAGCAUUGAAGAUGGGUCGUGGCUGGGUCUUCCAGCAUGACAACGACCUGAAACACACAGCCAGGGCAACUAAGGAGUGGCUCCGUAAGAAGCAUCUCAAGGUCCUGGAGUGGCCUAGCCAGUCUCCAGACCUGAACCCAAUAGAAAAUCUUUGGAGGGAGCUGAAAGUCCGUAUUGCCCAGCGACAGCCCCGAAACCUGAAGGAUCUGGAGAAGGUCUGUAUGGAGGAGUGGGCCAAAAUCCCUGCUGCAGUGUGUGCAAACCUGGUCAAGACCUACAGGAAACGUAUGAUCUCUGUAAUUACAAACAAAUGUUUCUGUACCAAAUAUUAAGUUCUGCUUUUCUGAUGUAUCAAAUACUUAUGUCAUGCAAUAAAAUGCAAAUUAAUUACUUAAAAAUCAUACAAUGUGAUUUUUUUUGUUUUGUUUUAGAUUCCGGCUCUCACAGUCGAAGUGUACCUAUGAUAAAAAUCACAGACCUCUACAUGCUUUGUAAGUAGGAAAACCUGCAAAAUCGGCAGUGUAUCAAAUACUUGUUCUCCCCACUGUAUAUAAAAAAAUAAGUAAACCGUUACUUGGAGGCGUCUGGAUCGUCCAGAAAUAAUAUUGUGAUCUGUAACUAUUGAUCGACACCUAAGGACCGUGUUCUGUUCAGUCGUUGGUGUGUGGCCGAUAGUCAGACUAUUCUCCCUGUAAGCUGCUAGCAGGAUUCUAUGGCAGCAGACAGGUUAUUGUGUUGUAUCAAUAAGGAAGGAAGGCUUACAGACUGUGAAGGACAUACAAGUACCAAGGACAUGCCAUUGCUUUAUAGUCCUUUGUGUUUUUAUGGUACAGUCAGUGCGUUAAGGAGUCUCGCUAUUUGUGUCCUUUCUUCCCGUCUCCAUCGCUUUUCUCGCUCUCUCAAUUCAAUUCAAAGGGGCUUUGUUGGCGUGGGAAACAUGUUUGCAUUGCCAAAGCAAGCGAAAUAAACAAAACAACAACAAAAACCGACUGCGAAAUUAAACAACGAUAUUAAUCAGACAUUAACAGUAUAAACAUUACACAAACAAAGUUUCAAGAGAAUAACCACUUUUAAAUAAUAUAUUAGCGGUUAAAUGUAGUAUAACAUUUAAAAGUUUCAUAAGCUGUGUACAGUGUUGUGACAAAGUGCAAAUAGUAGAAUGUACGACUGACGGGGAGGAAAUGAAUAGGCAGAUAAAUAUAGGUUGUAUUUGCAUUGGUGUUUCUGACUCACUGGUUGAUGUUUUCUUGUGGCAUCGGUUCACAAAUUCUGCUGCUGGGAUUGCGCACUGCGGUAUUUCGCCUAACAUGUAUAUUGGAGUUUGUCAAUUUGUGUUUGAAUUCUUUGAGGUUUGUGAAAUUUGAGGGAAAUAUGGCAGGAGGUUAGAAAGUACAGCUCUGUUUCCAUCUCAUUUUGUGGGCAGUGGCCACAUAUCCUGUCUUCUCUUGAGAGCCAGGUCUGCCUAUGGCGACCUCUCUCUCAAUAGCAAGGCUAUGCUCACUGAGUCUGUACAUAGUUCGUUUUGUUGUUGUUUUUGUUUUGGGUCAGCCACAGCGGUCAGGUAUUCUGCCACUGUGUAGUCUCUGUUAAGAGCCAAAUAGCAUUCCAAUUUGCUCUGUUUUUGGUUUAUUCUUUCCAAUGUGUCAAGUAGUUGUGACAAUUUUUUUUUGUCACAUAUGUGAAAUACAACAGCUGUAGACUUUACUAUGAAAUGCUUACUUACGAGCCCUUAACCAACAAUGCAGAGUAAAAAAUAAAAUACCAAAAAAACAAAUGUUAAAUAAACUAAAGGAAAAAUAGUAACACAAUAAAAUAACAAUAAUGACGCUAUAUACAAUGGGUACUGGUACUGAGUCAAUGUGCAGGGGUUAAGGUUAGUCGAGAUAAUUGAGGUAAUAUGUACGUGUAGGUAGGGGUAAAGCGACUAUGUAUAGAUAAUAUACCGAGUAGCAGCAGUGUGUGUGAAUGUGUGUGGCGUCAAUAUGCGUGUGUGUGUGAGGUUAGUCCAGUGAGUGUACAUCAAGCCUGUGCAAGAGAGUCAGUGCAAAAAUAAUACAUAAUAAUAAAAUAAGGGGUCAAUGCAAAUAGUCCGGCUAGCCAUUUGAUAACUGUUCAGCAGUCUUAUGACUUGGGGGUAGAAGCUGUUAAGGAAUCUAUUGGUCCCAGGCUUGGCGCGCCGGUACCGCUUGCCGUACGGUAGCAGAGAGAACAGUCUAUGACUUGGGUGUCUGGAGUCUUUGACAAUGUUUAGGGCCUUCCUCUAUACCAGGCGGUGUCAGUGGUCCUGGAUGACAGGAAGCUCUGCCCCAGUGAUGUGCUGGGACAUUUGACCGGACAUUUGAGAAAUCUGCCAGACCCAUAUGCAUUGAGUGCGUAACCUGAUUAGUGCGUCAACCCACGGAGCUCAGAAUGACAUAUCACAUUUAGAUUAUGGUAAUUCAUAUUAACAGAACACGCAAGUCGAGGAUGCAACUAUGUGCGGUCCUUCUUACCAAAUUCUGAUGUGCACUUUGAAGAUGUUAGAAUAACUGUCCACAUUUACUUUUCCUCAGCCAAUAAGGCCAGUAAUGAACAGCAAAAUCCCUAGCCUAUGUCAAUCUACUAUUCCCCAUUAGCGUUGCACGGUAUAUACCGUUACCACGGUAAUGUCACGGUACCAAAACUUAAUGAUGCAGUUUGCUGCACGCACAAAACAAAUAUUUGGUUGUGAAUUGCAUACUGUAAAUAGAUCAGCUAGUGCAUGCUGCACGACAGUGAGUGACUCACAAGGCUCUGGUCGUUGUGUGCUUGUAAACAAACACCAUGUGACAGGUGACUGGGGACUACCGUAAGAGCCAAUUUAUGCUUGAUCUGAAAAUGUGGUCGGAGGCGCGGUAUGGAUUGUCUUAUGCAAAUGCGGCACCUCCAGAGGCACGCAGAGGCCAAAUUGAACUCCGGACCGCAUCAUUGUGCACCUCUCAAAUUUUGUAACAAUGCGGAGAGCUCCGUAUAGCUCCACAUUGACAUGAUUGGUUGACGGUAGGUGAGGGUGGGAGGUCCUGUAUAAACACAAACUCACUAACUUAACAAGUUCCGUCACAACAGCUCCGCGCUGCUCGGCGAAGCCCUGACAUCUGCAGAGGCCAUAUCACCAUAAAUGCAGACGUCGGAUUUACCAUGCAGCACUUUUCCCCUGCUUCUCUCUGGCCGCUCUUCAUGUGUAUCUAUUCCUCCAAAUGUUUUUUUAAACAUAUAAUUUAGCAGUGAUGGCAAGUGGGGAUGCCAGACCCUGAUGAGUCUUCUGUUGUUAGAUUUGUACAUUGGAGCAGCGCGCGAAGCGAGCAAUGUUGAUACAUUGUAUCAUUUAAUCGCCUGUUGUAACCAAGAGCACGGAUCAGUCUGAGUAGACUUUUCAAGUUCACUGACAUGCAGCCGCUGAGUGUCAGAGAGGGAAAAUUAAAUUGAGCACCGCUUCGCAACAGGCAUGCUUGCAGCUUUACAGCAACGGCUUGUCUCUAGCUUAAACGGUUAAAAGAAUAUGACCCAUAUUACCAGAAAUACCUUUUUUAUUUCUAGCAGAAUUCACACGCAUUUUAUAUAAUUUCACAAACCAUGUCCUGGGCUGUUUUUAAACUAAUCUCGGGUCGCUAAUUAUUGGGUUGUUUACAAACAACGGUCAGUCAUGUUACCUAUCUAGCUAACAACUUGUUAACUUGACAGUAGGUUUAGGCAAAUUUGAUUGGCACAGGAAGAAAGCAUAAGGGUCUGCUACUCAUGAGAUGUGCUUCAAAGGUAGGAUUCAUAUAAGCCUAAUGUAAUCCUAAACUAUAUCAAAAAUCUAUUUCUUUCUGGUGCUCCUUAAAUUCUGUUUGGUGCCUAACCUUUGAAAAGUUGGGAGCAGUGUGUGUUUGUGGGAGAGAGCGAGAGAGUUGUGUGUGUUUAUGAGAGUGAGGGAAACAGUGUGUGAGGGAGGGAGAGUGUGUGUCUGUGUUAACUGAAGAGUAAAGAAGGUUUAAUGCAGUGUUUUCCCCUUACUGACACAAUGACAUGCAGAUUAUUAUGCAUGUUUAUUCCUUCCUCCCAUUCCUCCAGCCAAAUCACAGGUAGGCCUUUGCAAAUAUGAGCAAAUCAGCCAUUCUAUGCAGCAUUCUAUUAUACACUGAACAGUGUAAAGUUAAAUUAAAUGUGUUGUAUUGAAGAAGUUUAGAAAACGAGAAAGUGUCCGGCGAACGGGACGCUUGGCCACAGAUUUUCUUCCACCGAAGUAUUGCAAUACUACUCGGUAUCGUAAUACUUGGCCUGGUACAGUGGGGGAAAAAAAGUAUUUAGUCAGCCACCAAUUGUGCAAGUUCUCCCACUUAAAAAGAUGAGAGAGGCCUGUAAUUGUCAUCAUAGGUACACGUCAACUAUGACAGAGAAAAUGAGAAAAAAAACUCCAGAAAAUCACGUUGUAGGAUUUUUAAUGAAUUUAUUUGCAAAUUAUGGUGGAAAAUAAGUAUUUGGUCAAUAACAAAAGUUUCUCAAUACUUUGUUAUAUACCCUUUGUUGGCAAUGACACAGGUCAAACGUUUUCUGUAAGUCUUCACAAGGUUUUCACACACUGUUGCUGGUAUUUUGGCCCAUUCCUCCAUGCAGAUCUCCUCUAGAGCAGUGAUGUUUUGGGGCUGUCGCUGGGCAACACGGACUUUCAACUCCCUCCAAAGAUUUUCUAUGGGGUUGAGAUCUGGAGACUGGCUAGGCCACUCCAGGACCUUGAAAUGCUUCUUACGAAGCCACUCCUUCGUUGCCCGGGCGGUGUGUUUGGGAUCAUUGUCAUGCUGAAAGACCCAGCCACGUUUCAUCUUCAAUGACCUUGCUGAUGGAAGGAGGUUUUCACUCAAAAUCUCACGAUACAUGGCCCCAUUCAUUCUUUCCUUUACACGGAUCAGUCGUCCUGGUCCCUUUGCAGAAAAACAGCCCCAAAGCAUGAUGUUUCCACCCCCAUGCUUCACAGUAGGUAUGGUGUUCUUUGGAUGCAACUCAGCAUUCUUUGUCCUCCAAACACGACGAGUUGAGUUUUUACCAAAAAGUUCUAUUUUGGUUUCAUCUGACCAUAUGACAUUCUCCCAAUACUCUUCUGGAUCAUUCAAAUGCACUCUAGCAAACUUCAGACGGGCCUGGACAUGUACUGGCUUAAGCAGGGGGACACAUCUGGCACUGCAGAAUUUGAGUCCCUGGCGGCGUAGUGUGUUACUGAUGGUAGGCUUUGUUACUUUGGUCCCAGCUCUCUGCAGGUCAUUCACUAGGUCCCCCCGUGUGGUUCUGGGAUUUUUGCUCACCGUUCUUGUGAUCAUUUUGACCCCACGGGGUGAGAUCUUGCGUGGAGCACCAGAUCGAGGGAGAUUAUCAGUGGUCUUGUAUGUCUUCCAUUUCCUAAUAAUUGCUCCCACAGUUGAUUUCUUCAAACCAAGCUGCUUACCUAUUGCAGAUUCAGUCUUCCCAGCCUGGUGCAGGUCUACAAUUUUGUUUCUGGUGUCCUUUGAUAGCUCUUUGGUCUUGGCCAUAGUGGAGUUUGGAGUGUGACUGUUUGAGGUUGUGGACGGGUGUCUUUUAUACUGAUAACAAGUUCAAACAGGUGCCAUUAAUACAGGUAACGAAGUGGAGGACAGAGGAGCCUCUUAAAGAAGAAGUUACAGGUCUGUGAGAGCCAGAAAUCUUGCUUGUUUGUAGGUGACCAAAUACUUAUUUUCCGCCAUAAUUUGCAAAUAAAUUCAUAAAAAAUCCUACAAUGUGAUUUUCUGGAUUUUUUUUUCUCAAUUUGUCUGUCAUAGUUGACGUGUACCUAUGAUGAAAAUUACAGGCCUCUCAUCUUUUUAAGUGGGAGAACUUGCACAAUUGGUGGCUGACUAAAUACUUUUUUCCCCACUGUAUCGUAUCAUUUGUAGAAUGUUGGUAUCGUGACAUUAUCCCCCAUAGUAGAAAAGUUUACCUAUUCUAUUGGUCAGCUUGUCGUUAAAUAAAUAUCCUAUUCCAAACAGACUCUGGGACAGUUGUGGGAAGAUAGAUCCCAAAUUCAUACAACCAGUAGGCCUAGGCUACAUAAAAAAAAAAGUUAACUAAGGUCGAUGUCCGCGCCCCAGCAUAAAUCUAAUUAGCAUAAUACAAAAUCCCCAUAAGAUUCUGUCAGUUUAAGCUAGAGAUCUGUUUUUUUGCGUUGUCGCACUAUCCCAUCUGCGGUGAAAGGUGACAGAGCUAGAGCGAUGUUUGUCAGACCAUGAGACAUCCCAAAAAUCGGUCUUCUCACAAAAUCGUCUAGCGUCGAACCGGUUUGGCCAACAAACUAUUAUGACCACUCUAUGGAAAGAUGAGCCUUUCACGAACACGAUAGUGUUCUCCGUUUUGCUCUACGAACCCCACAAGCGUAUUGGGACUCGUCUGAAGUUGGUACCGCCGAUCUGCCAACUUCUGUCUGUAGCGGCCGAACAGUUUGGAAAGGUGAUACUCUCACGAACACGUCAGUUGUUUUGAUCUAGGACGCCCACAGGCCUCACAAGACUCGUCUGAAGGUCCCUCGGUACCAGUUGAAAAAAUUAAUGGAAGUACAGUAUAUAUGGAGACUGUUUAGUGCCAAAAACGAGGGGUUAAAUGCCAAGAGUGUGCAAAGCUGUCAUCAAGGCAAAGGGUGGCUAUUUGAAGAAUGUCAAAUAUAAAAUACAUUUAGAUUUAACACUUUUUUGGUUACUACAUGAUUCCGUGUGUUAUUUCAUAGUUUUGAUGUCUUCACUAUUAUUCUACAAUGUCGAAAAUAGUAAAAAUAAAGAAAAACAUUUGAAUGAGUAGGCAAUUCCAGUCCUCGGGGGCCUGAUUGGUAUCACACUUUUGCCCCAGCUAACACACCUGACUCCAAUAAUCAACUGAUCAUGAUCUUCAGUUAAAAAUGCAAUUAGUUUAAAUCAGCUGUGUUUGCUAGGGAUUGGGCAAAAGUGUGACACCAAUCAGGCCCCUGAGGACUGGAAUUGCCCAGGCCUGGUUUAGACUCUUAUGGGUUAAAAAGCAAUGAGUCUGAUGCAACAGAUCAGAACAUUUAGUUUAAGCAUUGUCUAAAGUGCACCGGACAUGCAAGUGGUUUCAAAACUGGCCUUCUUGAGAAUAGUUGAGUAUCUGGAGCAUCAGCAAUUGUGGGUUCGAUUACAGGCUCAAAAUGGCCAGAAACAAAUAACUUUAUUCUGAAACUCGUCAGUCUAUUCUUGUUCUGAGAAAUUAAGGCUAUUCCAUGCGAGAAAUUGCCAAGAAACUGAAGAUCUCGUACAACACUGUGUACUACUCCCUUCACAGAACAGCGCAAUCUGGCUCUAACCAGAAUAGAAAGAGGAGUGGGAGGCCCCGGUGCACAACUGAGCAAGAGGACAAAUACAUUUGAGUGUCUAGUUUGAGAAACAGAUGCCUCACCGGUCCUCAACUGGCAGCUUCAUUAAAUAGUACCCGCAAAACACCAGUCUCAACAUCAACAGUGAAGAAGGAUGCUGACCUUCUAGGCAGAGUUGCAAAGAAACAGCCAUAUUUAAGACUGGUCAAUAAAAAGUAAAUAUUAAGAUGGGCAAAAUAACACAGACACUGGACAGAGGAAGAUUGAAAAAAAAGUGUUAUGGACACACGAAUCGAAGUUUGAGGUGUUCGGAUCACAAAGAAUAACUUUUGUGAGACGCAGACCAAAUGAAAAGAUGCUGAAGGAGUGCUUGAUGCCAUCUGUCAAGCAUGGUGGAGGCAAUGUGAUGGUCUGGGGGUGCUUUGGUGGUGGUAAAGUGGGAGAUUUGUACAGGGUAAAAGGAUCUUGAAGAAGGAAGGCUAUCACUCCAUUUUGCAAUGCCAUACCCUGUGGACGGCGCUUGAUUGGAGCCAAUUUCCUCCUACAACAGGACAAUGACCCAAAGCACAGCUCCAAACUAUGCAAGAACUAUUUAGGGAAGAAGCAGUCAGCGGGUAUUCUGUCUGUAAUGGAGUGGCCAGCACAGUCACUGGAUCUCAACCCUAUUGAGCUGUUGUGGGAGCAGCUUGACCGUAUGGUACGUAAGAAGUGCCCAUCAAGCCAAUCCAAUUUGUGGGAGGUGCUUCAGGAAGCAUGGGGUGAAAUCUCUUCAGAUUACCUCAACAAAUUGACAACUAGAAUGUCAAAGGUCUACAAAGCUGUAAUUGCUGCAAAUGGAGGAUUCUUUGACGAAAGCAAAGUUUGAAGGACACUAUUAUUUCAAUAAAAAAUCAUUAUUUCUAAACUGACUACAUUUCCUAUUCAUUUUGCUAUAUUUCCUAUUCAAACUCAUUUCAUGUAUGUUUUCAUGGAAAACAAGGAAAUUUGUAAGUGACCCCAAACUUUUGAACGGUAGUGUACAUAAAGAAUAUACUGUAGCCUACACACGCGCCAAGUUAAUUCCAUCAAAUUAUGCAAAUUAAGCUAUAGACUUAUAAGCAUGACCAGUCAAAAAUAUUUCCAUCAAUGAAUAGGCUAAAAAGCAUUAUUUUGUAAUGGGAUUUUUUCUUGUUCUCCCGGACAAUUGGUCAGCGGCAAUUCUAUUUAUCGUCUUUUCAAAAAGAAAUAUAGGCAAGAAGUUAUAGGCCUCUGUAGCGCCUUGUGGUCAGAUGCCGAGCAGUUGCCAUACCAAGCGGUGAUUUGAUUGGGUCUAAUUGUGUUGCUGUUCUGGGGCUAGGGCUGUGACGGUCUUGGAAUUUUAGGUUACGGUAAUUGGCCAGGCUAAUGUACAUGGUCACCAACAUAAAUGUUCAGGAGGGAGGGCGGGGGGACGGUAGGGCUGUGGCGGUCAUGAAAUUUUGUCAGCCGGUUAUUGUCAUGCAAAAGACUGCCCGGUCUCACGGUAAUUGACCGUAAACAUAAACACGUUUAGCAUCUCCAGGCCUCCGCACAUACAAGCUGCUGGUGUGCGUCUUUUGAACAUCUACAUAAAAAAAGUCUAUCAAUUUAAUAUACACCAUCACAAUAAAUCCAUUAUUUAUUUUAGUCAGGUAUAAACAAACAUGAUAUGAAGAAAAUGUAUUUCAGAAGAACAGAAUAUUAGUUGGCCCUACUGUAUGUUACCUGGCUAUGCUCAAGGCCAAAGGCUGUAGGCUUGUUCAUUUAGCUGACAAGAUAUGCUUAUACAGUGAGGGAAAAAACGUAUUUGAUCCCCUGCUGAUUUUGUACGUUUGCCCACUGACAAAGAAAUGACCAGUCUAUAAUUUUAAUGGUAGGUUUAUUUGAACAGUGAGAGACAGAAUAACAAAAAAUAAAUCCAGAAAAACAUGUCCAAAAUGUUAUAAAUUGAUUUUGCAUUUUAAUGAGGGAAAUAAGUAUUUGACCCCCUCUCAAUCAGAAAGAUUUCUGGCUCCCAGGUGUCUUUUAUACAGGUAACGAGCUGAGAUUAGGAGAACACUCUUAAAGGGAGUGCUCCUAAUCUCAGUUUGUUACCUCUAUAAAAGACACCUGUCCACAGAAGCAAUCAAUCAGAUUCCAAACUCUCCACCAUGGCCAAGACCAAAGAUUUCUCCAAGGAUGUCAGGGACCUACACAAGGCUGGAAUGGGCGACAACAGUUGGUGCGAUUAUUCGCAAAUGGAAGAAACACAAAAUAACUGUCAAUAUCCCUCGGCCUGGGGCUCCAUGCAAGAUCUCACCUCGUGGAGUUGCAAUGAUCAUGAGAACGGUGAGGAAUCAGCCAGGAACUACACGGGAGGAUCUUGUCAAUGAUCUCAAGGCAGCUGGGACCAUAGUCACCAAGAAAACAAUUGAUAACACACUACGCCGUGAAGGACUGAAAUCCUGCAGCGCCCACAAGGUCCCCCUGCUCAAGAAAGCACAUAUACAGGGCCGUCUGAAGUUUGCCAAUGAACAUCUGAAUGAUUCAUAGGAGAACUGGGUGAAAGUGUUGUGGUCAGAUGGGACCAAAAUCGAGCUCUUUGGCGUCAACUCAAAUCGCCGUGUUUGGAGGAGGAGGAAUGCUGCCUAUGACCACAAGAACACCAUCCCCACCGUCAAACAUGGAGGUGGAAACAUUAUGCUUUGGGGGUGUUUUUCUGCUAAGGGGACAGGACAACUUCACCGCAUCAAAGGGACGAUAGACGGGGCCAUGUACCGUCAAAUGUUGGGUGAGAACCUCCUUCCCUCAGCCAGGGCAUUGAAAAAGGGUCGUGGAAGGGUUUUCCAGCAUGACAAUGACCCAGAACACACGGCCAAGGCAACAAAGGAGUGGCUCAAGAAGAAGCACAUUAAGGUCCUGGAGUGGCCUAGCCAGUCUCCAGACCUUAAUCCCAUAGAACAUUUAUGGAGGGAGCUGAAGGUUCGAGUUGCCAAACGUCAGCCUCGAAACCUUAAUGACUUGGAGAAGAUCUGCAAAGAGGAGUGGAACAAAAUACCUCAUGAGAUGUGUGCAAACCUGGUGGCCGACUACAAGAAAUGUCUGACCUCUGUGAUUGCCAACAAGGGUUUUGCCACCAAGUACUAAGUCAUGUUUUGCAGAGGGGUCAAAUACUUAUUUCCCUCAUUAAAAUGCAAAUCAAUUCAUAACAUUUUUGACAUGCGUUUUUCUGGAUUUAUUUGUUAUUAUUUUGUCUCUCACUGUUCAAAUAAACCUACCAUUAAAAUUAUAGACUGAUCAUUUCUUUGUCAGUGGGCACACGUACAAAAUCAGCAGGGGAUCAAAUACUUUUUUCCCUCACUGUAAGUCCCGUGCCAUUAUUUUAUUUUAUAUGAUUUUAUAGUAGGAAGAAUAUAAUUGAACUAAACUGAAAAAAAUAUAAAGGAUAUUUUUCCCAUUACGGAGCGAGUAUGCAGACCCUUUAUUCUAAAAUGGAUUAAAUUGUUUUUUUCCCUAAUCAAUCUAUACAAUAUCCGACAAUGAUAAACCAAAAGCAGUUUUUUUGAAAUCUUUGCAAAAAAAAACCAUCUGAAAUGACAUUUACAUAAGUAUUCAGACCCUUUACUCAGUACUUUGUUGAAGCACCUUUGGCAGCGAUUACAGCCUCAAGUCUUCAUGGGUAUGAUGCUGCAAGCUUGGCACACCUGUAUUUGAGGAGUUUCUCCCAUUCUUCUCUGCAGAUCCUCUCAAGCUCUGUCAGGUUGGAUGGGGCGCGUCACUGCACAGCUAUUUUCAGGUCUCUCCAGAGAUGUUCAAUCGGGAUCAAGUCCGGGCUCUGGCUGGGCCACUAGAUUUCAUUCAGAGACUUGUCCUGAAGCCACUCCUGCGUUGUCUUGGCUGUGUGCUUAGGGUCGUUGUCCUGUUGGAAGGUGAACCUUCAACCUAGUCUUAGGUCCUGAGCGCUCUGGAGCAGGUUUUCAUCAAGGAUCUCUCUGUACUUUGCUCCUUUCAUCUUUCCUUCGAUCCUGACUAGUCUCCCAGUCCCUGCCACUGAAAGACAUCCCCACAGCAUGAUUCUGCCACCACCAUGCUUCACUGCAGGUAUGUUGCCAGGUUUCCUUCAGAUGUGACACUUGGCAUUCAGGCCAAAGAGUUCAAUCUUGGUUUCAUCAGACCAGAGCAUUUUGUUGGUCUGAGGGUCCGUUAGGUGCCUUUUGGCAAACUCCAAGUGGGCUGUCAUGUGCCUUUUUUACUGAGGAGUGGCUUCUGUCUGGUCACUCUACCAUAAAGGCCUGAUUUGGUAGAGUGCUGCAGAGAUGGUUGUCCUUCUGGAAUGUUCUCCCAUCUCCACAGAGGAACUCUGGAGCUCUGUCAGUGACCAUCGGGUUCUUGGUCACCUCCCUGACCAAGGCCCUUCUCCACCGAUUGCUCAGUUUUGCCGGGCGGCCAGCUCUAGGAAGAGUCUUGGUGGUUCCAAACUUCUUCCAUUUAAGAAUGAUGGAGGCCACUGUGUUCUUGGGGACCUUCAAUGCUGCAGAAAUGUUUUGGUACCCUUCCCCAUAUCUGUGCCUCGACACAAUCCUGUCUCGGAGCUCUACGGACAAUUCCUUCGACCUCAUGGCUUGGUUUUUCCAAUGAAGUUUUAGAAACAUCUCAAGGAUGAUCAAUGAAAACAGGAUGCACCUGAGCUCAAUUUCGAUUCUCAUAGCAAAGGGUCUGAAUACUUAUGUAAAGUGGAAAAAAUCAAGGGGUCUGAGUACUUUCUGAAUGCACUGUAUGACGUGGCUAUAUUGAGCGUAAAAGUGAUCACUUGAAACAGGUCCUGUAUGCUAGAUUUAUAGUUAUUUGGCAACUUUAGUUGUGAAUGAUACAAACCUUAAAAUGUCUUAGAAAUCAAAACAUAGAUGGUCUGCAUGGUGCGACUAUAGGCUAUUGAUGAUUUUUUUUAUUUCACCUUUAUUUAACCAGGUAAGCCAGUUGAGAACAAGUUCUCAUUUACAACUGCGACCUGGCCAAGAUAAAGCAAAGCAGUGCGAUUAAAAACAACAACACAGAGUUACAUAUGGGGUAAAACAAAACAUAAAGUCAAAAAUACAACAAAAUAUAUAUACAGUGUGUGCAAAUGUAGCAAGUUAUGGAGGUAAGGCAAUAAAUAGGCUAUAGUGCAAAAUAAUUACAAUUAGUAUUAACACUGGAAUGAUAGAUGUGCAAGAGAUGAUGUGCAAAUAGAGAUACUGGGGUACAAAUGAGCAAAAUAAAUAACAAUAUAGGGAUGAGGUAGUUGGGCGGGCUAAUUUCAGAUGGGCUGUGUACAGGUGCAGUGAUCGGUAAGGUGCUCUGACAACUGAUGCUUAAAGUUAGUGAGGGAGAUAAGUGUCUCCAGCUUCAGAGAUUUUUGCAAUUCGUUCCAGUCAUUGGCAGCAGAGAACUGGAAGGAAUGGCGGCCAAAGGAGGUGUUGGCUUUGGGGAUGACCAGUGAGAUAUACCUGCUGGAGCGCAUACUAUGGGUGGGUGUUGCUAUGGUGACCAAUGAGCUAAGAUAAGGCGGGGAUUUGCCUAGCAGUGAUUUAUAGAUGGCCUGGAGCCAGUGGGUUUGGCGACGAAUAUGUAGUGAGGGCCAGCCAACAAGAGCAUACAGGUCACAGUGGUGGGUAGUAUAUGGGGCUUUGGAGACAAAACGGAUGGCACUGUGAUAGACUACAUCCAAUUUGCUGAGUAGAGUGUUGGAGGCUAUUUUGUAAAUGACAUCGCCGAAGUCAAGGAUCGGUAGGAUAGUCAGUUUUACGAGGGCAUGUUUGGCAGCAUGAGUGAAGGAGGCUUUGUUGCGAAAUAGGAAACCGAUUCUAGAUUUAACUUUGGAUUGGAGAUUCUUAAUGUGAGUCUGGAAGGAGAGUUUACAGUCUAACCAGACACCUAGGUAUUUGUAGUUGUCCACAUACUCUAGGUCAGACCCGUCGAGAGUAGUGAUUCUAGUCGGGUGGGCGGGUGCAAGCAGCGUUCGUUUGAAGAGCAUGCAUUUAGUUUUACUAGUGUUUAAGAGCAGUUGGAGGCUACUGAAGGAGUGUUGUAUGGCAUUGAAGCUCGUUUGGAGGUUUGUUAACACAGUGUCCAAUGAAGGGCCAGAUGUAUACAAAAUUGUGUCGUCUGCAUAGAGGUGAAUCUGAGAGUCACCAGCAGCAAGAGCGACAUCAUUGAUAUACACAGAGAAAAGAGUCGGCCCAAGAAUUGAACCCUGUGGCACCCCCAUAGAGUCUGCCAUAGGUCCAGACAACAGGCCCUCCGAUUUGACACAUUGAACUCUAUCUGAAAAGUAGUUGGUGAACCAGGCGAGGCAGUCAUUUGAGAAACCAAGGCUGUUUAGUCUGCCAAUAAGAAUGCGGUGGUUGACAGAGUCGAAAGCCUUGGCCAGGUCGAUGAAGACGGCUGCACAGUACUGUCUUUUAUCGAUCGCGGUUAUUAUAUUGUUUAGGACCUUGAGCGUGGCUGAGGUGCACCCAUGACCAGCUCGGAAACCAGAUUGCAUAGCGGAGAAGGUACGGUGGGAUUCGAAAUGGUCGGUGAUCUGUUUGUUAACUUGGCUUUCAAAAACUUUCGAAAGGCAGGGCAGGAUGGAUAUGGGUCUGUAACAGUUUGGAUCUAGAGUGUCACCCCCUUUGAAGAGGGGGAUGACCGCGGCAGCUUUCCAAUCUCUGGGGAUCUCAGACGUUACGAAAGAGAGGUUGAACAGGCUAGUAAUAGGGGUUGCGACAAUUUCAGCGGCUAGUUUUAGAAAGAAAGGGUCCAGAUUGUCUAGCCCAGAUGAUUUGUAGGGGUCCAGAUUUUGCAGCUCUUUCAGAACAUCAGCUGUCUGGAUUUGUGUGAAGGAGAAGCGGGGGGCAUGGGCAAGUUGCAGCGGAGGGUGCAAAGCUGGUGGCCGGGGUAGUGGUAGCCAGGUGGAAAGCAUGGCCAGCCGUAGCAAAAUGCUUGUUGAAAUUCUCGAUUAUUGUAGAUUUAUUGGUGGUGAUAGUGUUUCCUAGCCUCAGUGCAGUGGGCAGCUGGGAGGAAUUGCUCUUAUUCUCCAUGGCAACAAAGUUUGAGCUCUGUUCCUUGCCUCAGGCUGCACAGCUGUUCUCUCAACUGAUUUUCACCCGUCAGACUAUUCUCGACUUAAUCUUGUCUUUACUAAUAUGUCAAAAUUAAUUUCGAUUUAGAAGGGGCAGGACAUGUCAUCUGUAUGCGCUCAAAUAGGGAAUGGAGGCCGCGAGCUUUCCCGCCGGUCCAUUUUCUAGGCUACAAUGGUUUUAUAGCCGAGCAUAAUAUGAGCAGCUGAGAAAUAAAUACUUAUUUCACUCCACGCAUCAACCGUUGUUUUAGGAGUAUGCUCUCGCUACCCGACAGGUGAUAUUCCACCGAAACUCUGAAUGCUCCAACCUUGUUCCUGCAGCUACCCAGUGCUUCAUUUGGAAAAAGUGAAAAUCUGUUUGGGAACAUCGAUAGUGACAUGUUUUCGUAAACGAAACACAUUUCAUUAAACUGUUGACAGCCCUUCUGCGUGCUCGAGAAAGGGAGAGCGGAUGAACUAGAAACGCAUGGUGGUGAGAUUCUGUAUCGCUAAAGGUAAUUAAUUAUGUAAAUUAAAAAAAUCCCUAUUACUAGGCUAUUCAAAUACAAAUUCACUAAUUGUAGGCUAACUGUAAGCCGCCCUGCACAAUCAAUGAACCAACAGCAUCGUCUAGGGCUAUACGUUCUCUCCCAGAUUCAUGGAUAUACAUUUUGGAACGUAGCAUAAGGUAACCAGUCCAUCCAGUAUGCAUAAUAAUACAGUCCACACUCAAAAGGCUAGACCAAUUAUGUAUCAAAGACAUCUUAAAUCAGGUUUGUUUUAUGUUUUUCUGCCAUGCAUAAUAUGAGGUAGGCCAUGUAUUGUAUAAUGGCACAAUCAUCAUUUUAAUUCUGGUCAUUUUUUCGGGCUUGUGCUCAGAAGUCUAUGCAUAAACUCUAAAAUGUAUAUCGGUGUUUUGAAUUAAUUGUCACCUUAGAAAGCGCUGUCCAUUUUCGUUUACACUGUUUCAGCCUGCUGUUGAACUUCUUUCUUCAAAUUGAUCAUCACAGUGAGGUGAGUUUUAAAAGUAUGAUGGCUGUUUUGAUGGUGUUUGAUGUGAUUUUCGAUUGUAUUUGCACUGUUGUCAAAAGUGAGACAAAUGUGAUAAUGCAUGUAAUGCUUUAUUAUAAAGGUGCUUUUCUAUGGUGAAAAUAAUCUUCCCAAACUUGAAACUCACGAGCAGCCUAUGUAUGCCAGUUAGGCUCUACACUGGUUAUAAAGUGGAUUAAUGUGCUUAAUUUUAACAAGUUAUUUGGCCACUUUAGUUGUGAUACAAACCUUAUCAAAACAUAUAGGUCUAUGGGCUAGGCUACAUCAGGUGUGUGACUAUGAUUUGAAAAAGUUGCAAAAUAUCUCAAAUAUAAAAUAUGUAUUUUGAUUUGUUAAAAACUUAUUUGGUUACUACAUGAUUCCAUAUGUGUUAUUUCAUAGUUUUGAUGUCUUCACUAUUAUUCUACAAUGUAGAAAAUAGUAAAAAUAAAGUAAAACCCUUGAAUUAGUAGGUGUGUCCAAUCUUUUGAUGGGUAGUGUGUGUUUCUAAUAAGGAAGUGCUGCUCAGUUUCCACUUCAUUUUAUAGGCAGUGGGCACGUAGGCAGACCUGGCUCUCGAGAGAAGAAAGGCUAUGGCGGCCUCUCUCAAUAGCAAGGCUAUGCUCACUGUCCUUACAUAGCAAGGACUUUCUUAAUUUGGGGUUUGUAUACUUUCUGUUUAGGGCCAGUUAGCAUUCCAGUUUGCUCCGUUUUUUGGUUGAUUCUUUCCAGUGUGUUUUAAAUAGUUAUCUUUUUGUUUUCUCAUAAUUUGGUUGGGUCCAAUUGUGUUGCUGUCCUGGGGCUCUGUGUGUUUGUGAACAGAGCCCCAGAACCAGUUGGCUGAGGGGACUCUUCUCUAUGGUUAAUCUCUCUGUAGGUGAGUGCUUUGUGGUGGAAUGUGUGGGCAUCUCUCGCACUCUCUCUCCCAUCUCCAUCUCUCUACAAACUCUCUCUCCUCCCCUCUAGAAGGAUCCCAGUAGUGAUGUGAGCAGUCCCAGCAGUCCUCGACUGUCCCCUCCCUCGAAGCGAACCCGUAGACAGACCAGCUCCAGCGACACCUCUCCCUCCCCCCAGGCCAAGGACCAGAGGGUCUCCUGGGGCAUGCCCACCUACCGCACCAGGUGAGCAGGCAAAAUAACAGCCUCUUUGACAGACAGUUCUGGGUUCAAUUCCUGUACUGGCCGUGUGUACUGGAUUCAGACCCAUCUGUUGACUGUGUCUGAGAAUGGGGCAGUCUUUAUAUUUACACAUCUCAAUGUGUUUCAGGUUGUCAUCUGGCGCCCUGCAAAAUGGAAAUGGUAACGUCGUUUUCUUUUCCAAAGCUUUCAUUUUAGUUUUUUAAAGACAUGUCAACAUUGUUUGUGUGUAGGUACAGUAUUAGUUGGAGUAUUAGUUAGAUGGGACCUCUUUUGUUUUGACCUGUUACCUCUGACCCCUGCAGCCCAUAAGGAGGAGGGGGCAGGAGACCACUCUCACAUGAAUGGCCAUGUUGACAGAAAGAGGAGCUGCCAAGUGAGGAAGAGCCAGUUUGAACACCUCAACCAGAGCCUGCUGUUUGACCAGCUCGUCAACAGGUAACACACACACACACACACACUCUUCCCUAUAGGAAGUGGAGGCCUCAGACCUGGUGGUGCCGGGGUGGAGAUGGGUGAUCUGUAAAAUAGAAAGCGAAGACGUCAGAGGUAGGCGGUAUGAAUUGAUACUGAUGAUGUGUGAAUUGUUUGAAAAUAUAUGCGCUCACUACUGUAUGCACUCACUACUGUAAGUCGCUUUGGAUAAGAGCGUCUGCUAAAUGACUAAAAUGUAACUGUAUUGUCAGCACGGCGGAGGCAGUUCUUCAGGAGAUGGACAACAUCAGCAGCAUCAGACAGAACAGGGAGGUGGAGAGACUCCGCAUGUGGACCGACACUGAGGUGGUAAGUCUGUCAAUCAGCCAGUCAAUCUGUAUUAUGCCAUAUGAAAGUGGGUUGUUAGUAACUAUCUCCAGUGGUAGACGUUAUGAUGGCAAGCCAGCUAGCUAAAUAUAACUGGCUGAUGCAAGGAAUUCGAGUUAGGUGUUAGCCAGACUAAGCUAAAUGUGCAUUCCUUCCACUCCUGAUCUUCUAGGAAAACAUGGACAUGUAUUCUCGUGUGAAGAGGAGGAAGGCACUGCACAGGAACACCUUUGUCAUGCAGACACACCACAAAGCCAUGAGCAAGACAGAAGAGGAAGAGGGGACUGAAGGUUUGUCUUAGUUUGGAUUGCUUGUAAAGCUGUACAGGGCCUUGUAGAGAACUGUAGUUUAUAUCGGUGUUGCUUGCGGUUCACAAGAUAAUCAAGCAUAUCUUACUUUUUUACCUCUUUGUCUCAGAAUCUCACGGUGAGGAAGAGGAUGACGAAGCAGAGGAUGAUGAUGAUGAUGAAAGAGACGAGGCAGAGGAAGCUGGAGAGGAGAACGACAGACCGUACAACCUGAGACAACGCAAGACCGUACAGAGAUACGAGGCGCCACCUAUUGGUAAAGACAAACAUAGAGUAUUGUGUGAUUUUUCUGCAACACUAAGGGGAGUUUCCCAGACCCAGAUUCGCCAUUGAGUGUGCCUUUUAGUUAAGGAGUAGUCUUAAUGUAGGUCUGGGAAACUGGCCCUCUGCCUGAAACGUUCCUUUUCUUGCAUAAAACCAUUUCCUGAUAUUGUCUUUGUUUUAUACCUCUUGAGUCCUUCUGCUUUUAACAUCUUCUGUCUCUCUGAAUGCAUUCCAGAGCCCAUCAACAGAAAACAAACCAACCCCUCCCUGUUUGACACCCACAGAUCCCCAGCAAGGAGAAGCCAUAUACGGUGGGUGUUGUACCCCGCCUGAAAACACUGCUUACCUACAUACGUUUUGAAGAAAACACUGCUUACCUACAUUGACAUGGUCUAAUAUGGAGUGAUCUGUCUUUUGUUUUACUUCUCUCUCCCCUGGUCCAGAGUGAAGAAGCAUGCCAUCCACAGUAGUGACACCACGUCUUCGUCUGACGAGGACAGAUUUGAGAGGAGGAAAAGCAAGAACAUGACCCGGGCCAGGAACAGGUAAAUACCUCUCCUCCUUUUUCUCUGUCACUCACCUAGUGGAUUUUGAUAUAAGAUACAGUUCAUAAAUGGCUUUUCUCUAGGUCAAACGACUUUCCAUUCACCGUUCGUACUGUAUAGCACAGUAGCUUCACUUCAAACCCGGUGAUACGCGGCAGCUGUUAUGCACCAGGAAGCUCACCACACAUUGGCUGUAUGUCAUCUCUAUCACCUGUAUUUCUGUUAUUUGUAAAGAUGUCUGCCUAUGAACCUGAGAGCAGAGGACCUGGCCAGUGGGGUGCUGAGGGACAGGGCCAAGGUGGGAGCUAGCCUCGCUGAUGUGGACCCCAUGAAUCUGGACAGCUCAGUGAAGUUUGACAGCGUAGGAGGGCUGUCCAACCACAUCCAGUCUCUGAAGGAGAUGGUGGUCUUCCCACUCCUCUACCCAGAGGUCUUCGAGAGGUUCAAGAUACAGCCCCCAAGGUAAAGGGGGAUUCAUUCAUGUUCAGACAUAUCAAGCAUGUAUCCUCUUUUGUUUGCAAUUUAGAACUGUGUUAUUUGAUUACAACAAGACAUAGGAAAAACAGAAUUUUGCAGUUUUUGCAUCAUGGUCACAAUGUAGUUCCAAGGUCAAUAAAAAAAGGAUUGUGUCUGCUUUAAACUUAUUUACCUCUGGCUCUCUCUCUGCCCCCCUCCUCUCCUACAGAGGGUGUCUGUUCUACGGCCCACCAGGUACAGGGAAGACCCUAGUAGCGCGGGCUUUGGCUAACGAGUGUAGUCAAGGAGACAAGAAAGUGUCUUUCUUCAUGAGGAAGGGAGCCGACUGCCUCAGCAAGUGGGUCGGCGAAUCAGAACGACAGCUACGCCUGCUCUUUGACCAGGUGAGCAUGAGUAGGGCUUGCGGUGACCGUGUUACCGCCACACCCGCAGUCAUGAGGCAUGACCAGGGCUGUUACGGUGACCUUAUUACCGGCGGUCACGAGUCAUGACCGCAGUCAAAUGCCACGUGACCGUUUAGUCAGGGUAACUAGGCUUCUCCAAGCUCUGAUGCUGCUGAUGGUCGUUAGUAGCCUACCAAACUUUCUAACUGCCUGGUACUCAGCACUCUAUUGUCCCUCUAAUCACUCUGACAUCAAUGCAAAUGGUUUAGAAUAUAAAAUCAAACGCUUCAUGAGAGCCCAUGAGCUCAUGUUGCGCAACAUUUCUAUAGGCUGUGCAAUUGUGUGAGAAAACAUAGUUUUGAUGGCCUCUAUUAAAAAGAGGAUCCCAUCAGCUUUCUAUAGGCUAGGCCUACUAUAUUUAUUUAUCAACUUUCCUAAUAUGAAGCACAUUGCUUUGCUUUACAACAGUAGUAUAGCCGACCUGGCUGGCAUGAAAAUGAACCACAGGAAAAGCGUCCUCCAUUCGCUAUUUAAGUGAAUAGAUGACAUGUAUUAUUUUUUUUAUGCCCCUGUUCCGAUACAGGGUCAUGAUAAUGGUCCAUUCUAAAUCAAAACUAAUUUCACACAUACAGUACCAGUCAAAAGUUUGGACACACCUACUCAUUCCAGGGUUUUUCUUUGUUUACUAUUUUCUAUAUUGUAGAAUAAUAGUGAAGACAUCAAAACUAUGAAAUAACACAUAUGGAAUCAUGUAGUAACCCAAAAAGUGUUAAACAAAUCAAAAUAUAUUUGAGAUUCUUCAAAGUAGCCACCCUUUGCCUUGAUGACAGCUUUGCACACUCUUGGCAUUCUCUCAACCAGCUUCACCUGGAAUGCCUUUCCAACAGCCUUGAAGGAGUUCCCACAUAUGCUGAGCACUUGUUGGCUGCUUUUCCGUCACUCUGCGGUCCAACUCAUCCCAAACCAUCUCAAUUGGGUUGAGGUCGGGUGAUUGUGGAGGUCAGGUAAUCUGAUGCAGCACUCCAUCACUCUCCUUCUUGGUAAAAUAGCCCUUACACAGCCUGGAAGUGUGUUGGGUCAUUGUCCUGUUGAAAAACAAAUGAUAGUCCCAAUAAGCCCAAACCAGAUGGGAUGGCGUAUCGCUGCAGAAUGCUGUGGUAGCCAUGCUGGUUAAGUGUGCCUUGAAUUCUAAAUAAAUCACAGACAGUGUCACCAGCAACACACACACACCAUCACACCACCUCCUCCAUGCUUCACGGUGGGAAGCACACAUGCGGAGAUCAUCCGUUCACCUACUCUGCGUCUCACAAAGACACACAGCGGUUGGAACCAAAUAUAAAAAAUUUGGACUCAUCAGACCAAUGGACAGAUUUCCACCGGUCUAAUGUCCAUUGCUCGUGUUUCUUGGCCCAAGCAGUCUCUUCUUCUUAUUGGUGUCCUUUAGUAGUGGUUUCUUUGCAGCAAAUUGACCAUGAAGGCCUGAUUCACACAGUCUCUUCUGAACAUUUGAUGUUGAGAUGUGUCUGUGACUUGAACUCUCUGAAGCAUUUAUUUGGGCUGCAAUUUCUAAGGCUGGUAACUCUAAUUAACUUAUCCUCUGCAGCAGAGGUAACUCUGGGUAUUCCAAUCCUGUGGCGGUCCUCAUGAGAGCCAGUUUCAUCAUAGCGCUUGAUGGUUUUUGCGACUGCACUUGAAGAAACUUCUUGAAAUUUUCAGGAUAGACUGACCUUCAUGUCUUAAAGUAAUGAUGGACUGUCGUUUCUUUUUGCUUAUUUUAGCUGUUCUUGCCAUAAUAUAGACAAAAUAGGGCUAUAUUCUGUAUACCCCACCCUACCUUGUCACAACACAACUGAUUGGCUUAAAUGCAUUAAGAAGGAAAGAAAUUCCACAAAUUAAACUUUUAACAAGGCACACCUGUUAAUUUGAAUCUAUUCCAGGUGACAACCUCAUGAAGCUGGUUGAGAGAAUGCCAAGAGUGUGCAAAGCUGUCAUCAAGGCAAAGGGUGGCUACUUUGAAGAAUCUCAAAUAUAAAAUAUAUUUGUUUAACUGUUUGAUGUUUAACUGUUUGUUUUGAUGUCUUCACCAUUAUUUUACAAUAUAGAAAAUAGUAAAAAUAAAGACAAACCCUUGAAUGAGUAGGUGUGUCCAAACUUUUGACUGGUACUGUAUGUAAAUGUAAUAUUUAAGUUUUCUUUUUUUAAUAUAAAAAUUUGCUAACAUUUCUAAAAACCUGUUUUUGCUUUGUCAUUAUGGGGUAUUGUGUGUAGAUUGAUGAGGGAAAAAAACAUUUGAUCAAUUUUAGAAUAAGGCUGUAAUGUAACAGUGGAAAAAGUCAAGGGGUUUGAAUACUUUCCGAAUGCACUGUAUAUGUUUUUGAUUUCUAAGACAUUCUAAGGUUUGUAUCAUUCACAACUUAAGUUGCCAUUAACUCUAAAUCUAGCGUAUAGGACUUGUUUCAAAUGAUCACUUUUACGCUCAACAUAUCCACUUCAUAUGCGCACCCGCUCCGGAAUGGAAAAAAUAUACUUUCUGUUUUAUUCAGCUAAGUUCAGUUAUAUUCUUCUUACUAUAGAAUCGUGCAGGGGGGGCCUGUUCAAUAGGGCGAUAUGGGCGACGCACUGCCAAACGGGAAAAGGAAGGGAUUUUUUUUCUAAUCAAUUAUAUCACGGCAACAGUAGUUAUCAGUGUUGUAAUCUAUACGUCUGAUCUGCCACAGUGCCACACUGCCACUAAAUGUCGAAUCAGGCUAAAGUCGUGCUUCAAAUGGCUCCCCCCCCUUUUGGGGCGAUUUCAGUCAGGUUGAAAAUCGCCCAGAAGUCUGUAAUAGACUCCCAUGUAAAAUCAAUUUUUUUCAAAUUUCAGAGCCUUCAAUACAAUCUCAAUGGGUGUCUGUGGGCUUGCACUUACGCGCUUUCGUCAUACGUUACGUAACCAUGAACGUAACUGAGAAAAGAGUGGAUUGUUUGAAAGAAGUUCCUUUUUGUCGGCGAACAAAUGGAGAUAAAUUGGCAACGAAACAAUUAGGACCUCCCAGACCAAAUUUAAUAAUUCAACAGGUUUCUACUAAAGGCGGAAAGUCCUACACCCGAGGAUUUUCCAAAAAUUGGUACGAACGAAAAAAGACAUUGCCACUCACUCAACUGGAUGACGAGGGAUACAGGCUAGCUGUCCGCCGCCACAACGAUGAGGUUAGUGUUGAUAAUCACAAGUUUACUGGAUGUGGAUAUGGUGUAAUAAAGGCAGUUUAUUCAGAGGUAAAUAUAUCUGGAAUCGCGUUCACGGACCCGUUCGUCAAACUCUUAGGGAGCUAUAAAUUAAGCCCCCUUACUUACCAUAUCAGAUAAGAGAAAUUGCUGCAGCUACAUAUAUUUUACAUCCUGGCCCUACAUAGUUCACUAUUUGCAUCACUUACCAAAAUAUUACAUGUGGUCAUAUAUGCUUGGAAAGUGGAGAUGCCAUAGAACGUCAAAAAAGUAAACAUUGCUGGAGACACAUUGCCGUUUUGGAGAAGACAUCGCGUUUGCUAGCGAAGAGAUUUGUUGUGGCAAAUGAACUUGGGCUGGGAAUUGCCAGGAACCUCACGAUAAGAUAUAUGCAUCAGCAUUGCGAGUCUCAUGAUUCUAUACGUAUUGCGAUUCGAUACUGUGAUUUUAUUGCGCACCAUAUGUCUGUUGCAGAGCGAUCAGAAAGCCAUGAGAACGAGUUUUGAUCAGUCAUGGAAAUAAAAGUGCUGAAAACAAAUUUGCUCCCAAUGUGAAAAGAUUGAGAACAAGCUAUGAAGGAACAAUAAUGGUGUUUUGGUGCAGGUACAGCCAACUAGCGCUAAAAUAUUGCGAUAUUGUCAAUACAGUAUAUCGUAAAGUAUCACUAUGUAACUCGAUUUCUUUCACCCCAAUCCCUCAAAUUAACGGUAAAUAACUGAAUUGUUUGCCCCACAUUUAGCUAAGAUGAUUAGCUAGCCAGCUAAAAUGUUUUAUUUAGUUAGCAGUCGCAUCUACAAUAGUUUACUGUCAAUAACAUGUCUCCAAAAAUGACGUGGUGUCUCCAAUUGUGUUGACAUUUUACAAUUGCAAUGCGCAUCCAUGAGUAUCCACUUUCUGUAGCUCAGCUGGUAGAGCAUGGUGCUUGUAACGCCAAGGUAGUGGGUUCGAUCCCCGGGACCACCCAUACACAAAAAUGUAUGCACGCAUGACUGUAAGUCGCUUUGGAUAAAAGCGUCUGCUAAAUGGCAUAUUAUUAUUAUUAUUAUUAUUAUUAUUAUUAUUAUCUGAAGAGAGCCCCGAAACAUUGUGUGCAGACAUUUUAUGCAAUAAAUGAAGGAGGUUCAAUCUAGUAGUUCUGAUCUUCUGAUUGGUCCUGAUGAGAUGGGCGAGGUCCCCUGCAGGCUACUGUCACUGUUGCAUUGGCUCUGAGUCGGGUUCUCUGUCUUCAAAUGUUCAGCCUAAGAGAGGGGAUUUUUGUGUGUGUGUGUGUGUGUGUGUGUGUGUGUUUAACAGUGAUGAUGUGUGUGUGUGUGUGUGUUUAACAGUGAUGAUGUGUGUGUGUGUGUGUGUUUGUGUGUGUGUGUGUGUCCUCAGAGCAAGAACUCGUGAGUUGGAAGAACUGAGAGGCCUAUGGCGUGGGUGUUGUCCUUGGCCACCUGCUGACAAGGCUGACAAGAUAGGACCCUUUUGUCCAUUGUUAUUGGAUAGGAACAGAACUUAUAACCAGCUCCUGACCUAAAUAGAUCUUAGCACAACAUUUUACUCAACAUAUCAUAUUCCAUAUUCACUAUAACAAAUAUAUUUACUACGACAUUAGCAAGAACCGCCACAUCCUCAGCCGGCUAAUCCAGUGUGUGAAGUUUUGCGGAGUGUUUGAGUUAGCUUUGCGAGGCAAAGAUGAAACUGAGGGCUCCACCAACCCUGGUAAGCCAACACUUUUGAGAUCAGUCAAUAAAUGCUUCUGGUAUUGACUUAUAUGCUGGCCCUGUCUUCAUGUUGUUGCUGGACAUAUCUUUUUUUAAAUGUGUGUAGGUCACCUAAAUCAUCAGAAAAAUUGCCCCUCCUGAGAAUUUUUUCAGGAGCCGCCACUGGAAUCGUGUAAUAUAAAAUAAUGGCACAGGAUUUAUAAGCAUAUCUUGUCUGCUAAAUGAACAAGCCUAUAUGGCAUGGCGCAUAGCCAGAUAUCAUACAGUAGGCCAACUCGUAUUCUGUUCUUCUGAAAUACAUUUUCUUCAUAUCAUAAUGUUUCUUUAGACUGCCUAAAAUAAAUAAUGGGUUUAUUGUGAAGGUACAGUGCCUUGCGAAAGUAUUCAUCCCCCUUGGCGUUUUUCCUAUUUUGUUGCAUUACAACCUGUAAUUUUAAAUUGAUUUUUAUUUGGAUUCCGUGUAAUGGACAUUCACAAAAUAGUCCAAAUUGGGGAAGUGAAAUAAAAAAAAUAACUUGUUUCAAAAAAUUCUACAAAAUAAAUAACGGAAAAGUGGUGCGUGCAUAUGUAUUCACCACCUUUGCUAUGAAGCCCCUAAAUAAGAUCUGGUGCAACCAAUUACCUUCAGAAAUCACAUAAUUAGUUAAAUAAAGUCCACAUGUGUGCAAUCUAAGUGUCACAUGAUCUGUCACAUGAUCUCAGUGUAUAUAUACACCUGUUCUGAAAGGCCCCAGAAUCUGCAACACUGCUAAGCAUUGGACACCACCAAGCAAGCGACACCAUGAAGACCAAGAAGCUCUCCAAACAUGUCAGGGACAAAAUUGUGGAGAAGUACAGAUCAGGGUUGGGUUAUAAAAAAAUAUCCAAAACUUUGAACAUCCUGCGGAGCACCUUUAAAUCCAUUAUUAAAAAAUGGAAAGAAUAUGGCAUCACAACAAACCUGCGAAGAGAGGGCCGCCCUCCAAAACUCACGGACCAGGCAAGGAGGGCAUUAAUCAGAGAGGCAACAAAGAGACCAAAGAAAACCCUGAAGGAGCUGCAAUGCUCCACAGCGGAGAUUGGAGUAUCUGUCCAUAGGACCACGUCAAGCCGUAUACUCCACAGAGCUGGGCUUUACGAAAGAGUGGCCAGAAAAAGCCAUUGCUUAAAGAAAAAAAUAAGCAAACAUGUUUGGUGUUCCCCAAAAGGCAUGUGGGAGACUCCCCAAACAUAUGGAAGAAGGUACUCUGAUCAGAUGAGACUAAAAUUGAGCUUUUUGGCCAUCAAGGAAAACGCUAUAUCUGGCACAAACCCAACAGCUCUCAUCACCCCGAGAACACCAUCCCCACAGUAAAGCAUGGUGGUGGCAGCAUCAUGCUGUGGGGAUGUUUUUCGUCAGCAGGGACUGAGAAACUGGUCAGAAUUUAAGGAAUGAUGGAUGGCGCUAAAUACAGGGAAAUUCUGUACACCAGCAGAACCCAUCCAACUUGAAGGAGCUGGAGCAGUUUUGCCUUGAAGAAUGGGCAAAAUUCCCAGUGGCUAGAUGUACCAAGCUUACAGAGACAUACCUCAAGGGACUUGCAGCUGUAAUUGCUGCAAAAGGUGGCUCUACAAAGUAUUGAUUUUUUUUUUUUGGGGGGGGGGGGGGGGGUGAAUAGUUAUGCACGCUCAAGUUCUGUUUUUUUGUCUUAUUUCUUGUUUGUUUCACCCCCAAAAAUAUUUUGCAUCUUCAAAGUGGUAGGCAUGUUGUGUAAAUCAAAUGAUACAAACCCCCCCAAAAUCCAUUUUAAUUCCAGGUUGUAAGGCAACAAAAUAGGAAAAGUCCUGGAUAUGCUAAAUGUUUUUGUUAACGGUCAAGUACUGUGCGAUAGGCAGUAUUUUGCAUGACAAUCACCGGUUAACAAAAUGUAUUGACCGCCACAGCCCUUGGAAUGAGCCAAGGCUUAUCAGUUGGAUAGCGUCAGGGAAGGUAUUUAAUAAAUAAUUCCUGAUCUGUUUGUAGUGUGCUUACUUGGACCAGUUGCCAUCCAGAACACUCUGUGUUCAGGCUAGCUCAUGCACCUCUAGCCCAGACUUAUGUUCUGCUUCUAGGCGUACCUGAUGAGGCCCUCCAUAAUCUUCUUUGAUGAAAUAGACGGGCUGGCCCCAGUGCGCUCCAGCAGACAGGACCAGAUACACAGGUACUAUAUGAAGCAGGAGGAGCUGUUAGACAUCUCCAUUUGAUGAUGGUCUCUGACAAUCAAUAAUGAAUGUGAGUGAUCAGUUUUUAGUAUGGUUUGACUCUCUCUCUCUCUCCCUAUCCCUCUCUCCUUCCCUGCUUUAGCUCCAUAGUGUCCACUCUGCUGGCGUUGAUGGAUGGUCUGGACAGCCGAGGUGAAAUCGUGGUGAUCGGUGCUACCAAUAGACUGGACUCCAUAGACCCUGCUCUACGGAGGCCUGGACGCUUUGACAGGGAGUUCCUCUUCAACCUGCCUGACAAGAAGGUGAGGGAGUGGGGGAUUACCAACUUCAACACACCUGCCAAUAGCAAUCAUGAAUAGGAUUAUGGCACGAUGAAUACACUACGAAAUACAUUGUUAGUACUUGUUUUAUACUGUGAUCCCAAUCAUUUAAAAGUAUGUAUGUGGCUGUCAUAGUAUACUGAACAAAAAUAUAAACACAAUGUGCAAGAAUAUCAAAGAUUUUACUGAGUUACAGUUCAUGGAAGGAAAUCAGUCAAUUGAAAUAAAUUAGGUAGGCCAUCCAUUUAUGGAUUUCACAUGACUGGGCAGGUGUGCAGCCGUUGGUGGGCCUGGGAGGGAAUAGGCCCACCCACUGGGGAGCCAGGCCCAGUCAAUCAGAAUGGGUUUUUCCCCACAAAAGGGCUUUAUUACAGACAAAUACUCCUCAGAUGGUCCCGCAGGUGAAGAAGCCAGAUGUGGAGGUCCUGGGCUGGCGUGGUUACACGUGGUCUGCGGUUGUGAGGCCGGUUGGACAUACUGCCAAAUUCUCUAAAAUGAUGUCAGAUGCGGCUUAUUGUAGAGAAAUGAACAUGCAAUAUCUCUGGUGGACAUUCCUGCAGUCAGCAUGCCAAUUGCACGCUCCCUCAACUUGUGACAUCUGUGGCAUUGUGAACAUUUUAGAGUGGCGUUUUUGUCCCCAGCACAAGGUGCACCUGUGUAAUGAUCAUGCUGUUUAAUCAGCUUCUUGAUAUGCCACACCUUUUAGGUGGAUGGAUUAUCUUGGCAAAUAAGAAAUGCUCACUAACAGGGAUGUAAACAAAUUUGUGCACAAAAUUGGAGAGAAAUAAGCUUUUUGUGCGAAUGGAACUUUUCAGUGAAAAGUGAUGGUCCCAUGAAACAUGGGACCAUCACUUUACAUGUUGCGUUUAUAAUUUAGUUCAGUAUAUGUUUUUGGAGUAUUAUCCUUUCCGUGUGUGUUCCAACCACUCCUGUGUGUCUGGGUGAGCGUGUACGACACACAUUAGUCCCAGCCUAGUGGUGAGUCUGCGUGUGUCAGUCAAAGCCCAGUUGUGUGUGUCUGUCCCAGCCCAGCUACGUGUGUAGUUCAACCCCAGUGGUGUGUGUGUGUCUGUCCCAGCCCAGCUACGUGUGUAGUUCAACCCCAGUGGUGUGUGUGAGACUGUGCGCUAGUCCCAGCCCAGUGGUACAUAGCAAUCCCCUCUACCCGUCGAGCUGUCUAAUUGGCUGACUCCUGUCGUUUGUCCUCACAGUGAGAUUCUGGAUAAUCAAAGCCCAGUCUGUAUGCUUCUGUCAGCCGACCUCAGCAGAGACACACAAAUAUAAAGACACACAGCUGGCAGUGCUCAGCAGAGAGAAACCUUGCUGAUCAGAAACCCACUGUGGUGUGAGCAGGGUCGAUAGUGACAGUUUUUUCUAAACAUAUUUUUCUCUCGCUCUUUGUCUGUCGGUGUCUGUCUGUCUCUCUUUCUCUUUGUCUUAUUAUCUCUGUCCCUAGGCCCGAAGACAAAUCCUUGAGAUCCACACGCGGGACUGGAAUCCCAGACUGGCUGAACAGUUUGUAGAUGAGCUGGCGGAGAAAUGUGUCGGUAAGGGAGACAAACUUAUAUUUACUCACAUUUAUUAACAUUUUACAACUAGAACAUUUAUGUGUAGUCUACUUCUUUUUCAGUUCAUUCAUUUAACCUCUCCACUCCCCUGUUCCAGGUUACUGUGGCGCAGACAUCAAAGCACUUUGCACAGAGGCGGCCCUGGUGGCACUGCGGCGGCGCUAUCCCCAGAUCUACGGCAGCAGUGUGAAGCUGCAGCUGGACGUCAGGUAACCAUGCAGAGGAGAAGGAAACUGAACGGAUACAAGACCAUAGUAAUAGACUGGAAUCAAUUGUCUUGUCUGUAUGGGGUGAAUCCUAACUUCCAUUUAAGUUACAAUUAAUGUAAUCUCUCCCAUUGGCAUCAAAGCAUGACUAAGUGAAAAUUUAAACAAUUACAUUUCUAUAAUCUGUGGACACUAAAUUUCAGUUUUGGAUCAAGUAUUGAUCAAUCUUACCUGUGUCUAACAGUACCAUCGUGCUGGGGCCUGGGGACUUCAGCCACGCUCUGCGGACCAUCGUCCCAGCCUCCCAGAGAGCCCAGGCUCCUCCAGGCCGAGCCCUGGCCCCCAACAUGCGCCCCCUACUGGCAAACACACUGGCCACGGUGCUGGAGGUCCUGCUCCGAGUCUUCCCCCACGCAGAAACACAGAGUAGAGGAGGUACUCUGUUUAUCUUUCUCUUUUUGCACCUCUCUCUUUUUCCUGGUCGCUAGGGUCACAAAUAGUAAAAAUAAAAUAAGAUUUAUUCUAACAGCGAUGGGUAUGCAAACCAGGUAUUCAAAAAGUAUUGGCAGAAACUUUGCUACGCGCAAUUCAGUCAUCAUGCGCUGUUUGAAUGAACAUUUUACAAAAAAACUUCCAAAUUAAUUGUUGACUUCGAUGUAGGCCUACCUGGCAGAAUGAUAUCAUGAUGAUUUGUAUCAAGGGAAAGGGGGAUACCUAGUCAGUUGCACAACUGAAUGCAUUCAAAUGUGUUUUCCGCAUCAGCGAUGUGCGGGGGGCUGUGGGUUAACUGCCUCGCUCAGGGGCAGAACGACUGAUUUUUACCUUGUCAGCUCGGGGAUUCGAUAAAGCAACCUUUCGGCCCAACGCUCCUACCCACCAGGCUACCUGCCAACCUAUCAAUCACGGAGCAUUUGUUUAGCAAACUCUGCCAUCACAUGUAGCCUACACUGUACAUUGUACAGUACAAAAACACCGCUAGCCAAACACAACGGUCUCUUGCUAGGUGUGCAAUUGAAUUAAAGGGCAACUACACCCGCCACAUAUUUUUAUUUAUUCUUCCCAGACCUCAAAAGUGGGCUCCUGAUGUGGUUGAAGCAUUGUUGUGGACUUAGAACAUCCCAUUUGUGUAGUUUUUCUGUAAGGAAAGUGUGAUUUUUGAGUGACAACCAGAUAUAGGGAGAAACAAAAUGAGGAAGACAUAAUGUACCAGAAGAUGGAACAGAUUUAUAGGGCCCUACAACUGUAGACUUACUGUUCCUAAUCGCUAACAAUGACACUCAUUUUGAGAUUGUGGCAAUUAAUGGAAAUAAUGUAAUUAUUUAUGUAUGGAGGGUUGGUCAUUAUCGGCUAUAGCAGGGUUCCCAAUAGGCAUCCCAUGGGCCAAAUUGGGCCUGUGGGUGAUUUUAUUUGACCUGAAGUUUUCAGAGCAAAAAUAAAUAAAUACUGGCCAACACCCAUUGUAUCUCUCUCUCUCUCUCUCGCUCUCUCGCUCUCUCGCUCUCUCUCUCUCUCUCUCUCUCUCUCUCUCUCGCUCUCUCGCUCUCUCGCUCUCUCGCUCUCCUCUCUCUCUCUCUCUCUCUCUCUCUCUCUCUCUCUCUCUCUCUCUCUCUCUCUCUCUCUCUCUCUCUCUCUCUCUCUCUCUCUCUCUCUCUCGCUCUCUCGCUCUCGCUCUCUCUCUCAAUUCGCUUUGCUUUAUUGGCAUGACGUAACAAUGUACAUAUUGCCAAAGCUUACUUUGGAUAUUUACACUAUUAAAAUGAUAAUAAUCAAUAUUGUCAACGGGACAACAAUAACCAAGGGAUAAUUUUUUUAAUAGUUUUCAUUGUUGGACAUAAGACUGCAAAAUCACCAGGAAAUCAGCUGAUUUUAGUUUUGGAAAUCUAUUCCCAAGUAUUCCCAUGCAUAAAUAGAGGCAUAUGUAAUCGCAUCCCAAUGUAGGCUAAUCAAGGGUUGAAAAGAUUUGGGAUUAUUGCGGUCAAUUUGCAGUUUACAAACUAUGUUCCGACCAUUUGCUCAAGGAAAAAUCGUCCCACAGAUAAUGUAAUUGGGGACCCCUGGGCUAUACGCAUCUUGCGCAGUCCGCAAAUUAAAGAUGACAUUUAAAUUAUGCGUGCAUCAUUCUCUUUCCUGGGCCAGUCAUCUUUUCAUUCAGGCCAGUAGCUUUCAGUUGGCACUGGCCUGGUGUGCCAUUGGCAAAUUUACCUGAAUGUCAAGCCCUGCAAUGGCAUGCUAAUUUAAGAUGGCUAGUCAUUAUUAGCCUGGUUCUCUAUGGAAUGCAGGUAUAGGUCCCGUGUAGCUCAGUUGGUAGAGCAUGGCGUUUGCAACGGCAGGGUUGUGGGUUCGAUUUCCACGGGGGGCCAGUAUGAAAAUGUAUGUACUCACUAACUGUAAAUCGCUCUGGAUAAGAGCGUCUGCUAAAUGACUAAAAUGUGAAUGUAAAAUGUAAAUAUUAUGGGACACAGGUCAGGUCAUUAUCAGUGUGUAGUGGCAAAACAUUGGUGCCAUCAACUGAAAAAGUUGGUAGCACCAGUGGGAAAAAGUUAGUCUAGAACCCUGUUAAUUACUUCCAUUUAGCACUACAACUUCCUCCCUAUCUCUCUAAUAAACCAUGACGUCUCUGCUAAUAAGACCAGAGCUUUCUCUAGCCUUUUUUCUUGCUGGAGCAAUUUAUGCUCAAAGGCCUGUUAAUUAGGCCAUGCCUAGGCCUAUAUGUAUUUUGAUUUAUUACCUACCUAUUUUUGUAUGUCUCAACGUCAUUUUAUUACACACACACACACACACACACCGUUUGUCUGACUCACAGUAUUUCCUCCUGUCCUUUCUUCCUGCUAGACGUUGACGAUAAUCUGCUAGAGGAGGAGGUCAGUGAAGAGGAGACGGCUGGAGCAGCUCCCUCCAUCUACAACCUCCAGCCAGGAUCCCCAAAGACACACACACACCCCUCCUCUACGGCACACACACCCUUCCUACACUUCAGCAUGUGAGUCUGACUACAGAACACACAGCUAGCCUCUACCCCGACACACACACCCCACUGUAUCAUGGUGUUUUAAUGCUGCCUUGUGGCCACAAGAAGAAUGACAGGUGUCAAACCAUCAUUCAGACCUGUCAUCAAUACAGGACAGGGAAAGGAAAUGUUCUCUAUUUGACUCAAGUCGAUCUAAGAGGCACUUUAUCUGAUAUAGACUGCUAAUAUGGUCAAAGAUGAUUAGUGUAAAGCUUUGGUACUUUAUCAAUAUUAGAACAUGGAAAACGGUUCAGUACUAGAAUCUUUGUUACUUUCGGUACUUCUGUCAAAUGUGUCUCACGUCGAAUACUGAUUGAGAGGAUAAAGUCUCUAUCAUUUUACAUUUACAUUUUAGUCAUUUAGCAGACGCUCUUAUCCAGAGCGACUUACAGUUAGUGAGUGCAUACAUUAUUUUAUUUUUUUCAUACUGGCCCCCCGUGGGAAACAAACCCACAACCCUGCUCUACCAACAUCCCUGCCGGCCAUUCCCUCCCCUACCCUGGACGACGCUGGGCCAAUUGUGCGACGCUGGGCCAAUUGUGCGCCGCCCCAUGGGUCUAUCAGCGCAGCUGGUGUCUUCUUAAUAGCAGGAGCUCACCGUGCAUGCAUAUUGCUUGCUCCACUUACUUCAAAAUGUGGUUGUUGAUCAGCAGUUUUUCUCUUGUUAUGUCAGUCACUGAUAGUCACUCAAUUAGCCCAUGUCAGCUAAAAUGUUUAGAUUGGUCAAUUAGUCUUGCGGCCAGCUAUCUAAACUUGUAGUAAUCAUGGUCGAAUUUCCGGUCGGGGGCCCCCGUACAUUUUGUUAGUCAGUCCAACUCAGAUAUCAUAUUAAAAAAACUGCAAACAUUUCUCCCCACCCUAUAGCAAAAUGUGUAGAAUUGCAACAAAUUAGCUGUGAAACAGCACAUUUUCCUCCGCCUCAUGCCAAAAUAUGUAGAAUUGCACGAAAUUAACUCUGACUGGGUACGCAGACCUGCGAGCAACUGUGGCCCCUCAUGAUGAGUUCAGAUUUCUUGUGGCCCCCACCCCCAUCAAAGUUGCCCAUCCCUGCUCUAGACUGUCCUGGCUGCAUCAUGUUAGCUCCCCAUUCCUGCUGCACAGAUGUUGACACACUUGAAUAAUGCAACACGGCAUGUUGGAACUGUUAAUUACUGUUCAUACUACAGGCUAGAACACCUUACAAUGCAAGAAGAUACCGGUAGCUUCCAGCUUUGUAGGCUAACGUUCCUUGCUAGCUUACAGCUGAAGCUAACAACAAUUCACUACCCUAGUACUUUGUGAUAAUAUGCUAACCAUAGCGCAAAAUAUGCUGUUUUCAAAGCUGAAUGUUACCAAAAACAUUAUGAAUUUCUCUCAGCAGUUGGAUUUUUCUCACCAAACUGACACACACAGCAUGUGCCUCGUGAAUGAAAUCAUUACUGGGUCUUAAAGAGACUGCACACUUUUAUAAAACAAGAAAUUGCUACUUAUAUGCAUAUGUUGUUGAUCAGUACAAUUAAAUAAGUCCCAAAUUGGAGGGAAACAGAUUGUCACCUGUUGCCCCAUGAAAUCAGCCAAAACAAGCUCAAUAACUCAAUGCAUGCACACACUCCUAUUGAAUAUGCAUUCACCUGUAUUGUGAAUAGGCUAAGGCUACAUCUUGAUUAACCUAGUUUAUCAAUAGAGAUUCACCAUUCAAACAAGGAUUACCGUUAUGUAGUUAGAUUGGUCAAAACAAAGUCAAAUUGAUUGUAUGAUUAUAUAAUUAAUUAAUUAAUGCAUAUACAUUACUGUCUCUGAAAAAUGUUGACGUCAAACAUUUUCAAAUGUAAUUAUGUUGAACUCAUAGGAUGCCCAACGAUUGAACAGAGCAGUAGCUGAGUUUAUCUGUCCCGUGUGGCUCAGUUGGUAGAGCAUGGCACUUGCGACCCAGGUUUGUGGGUUUGUUUCCCACGGGGGACCAGUACGAAAAAGUACGGUAAAUGUAAUUACUAUAAGUCGCUCGGGAUAAGAGCGUCUGCUAAAUUCCUUAAAUGUAAAUCUGUCUGGAUCAAGUGCCAUUCUGUGACUUUGUCUAAUACAAUUUUGUUUUUGUUACUGGUGCAUUGUUUUGGUAUCAAAGUCAAAAUUAUGGUAUCGUGACAACACUAAAGAUGAUAAAAUAUGAUUAUGGAGAUUAUCGUCCUCUAACAGUUUUAUCAAACAGCAAUCAACUGGAGACUGAUAACCUAAUUGGUGACGUAAGGACACAUUUAAAAGAUAGAAGCUGAUUCUCCUUCUCAUCUCCUUCCAGAUCAGCCCUUCACCAGCCCACGUCAUACCGGCCUCGACUGCUGCUGGCAGGUCCCCCCGGCUCGGGACAGAGUUCUCACCUGGCCCCUGCUGUGCUACACCACCUGGACAAGCUGUCUGUCCACCUCCUAGACCUGCCCACACUCUACUCUGUCAGCGCCAAGACACCCGAGGAGUCCUGCGCUCAGGUAACACGCACGCCUGUACACACACACACACGUAUAUCAUUGCAUCUGUUUUAGGCCAGAUAUACUCAUUGCAAAUGUAUGAUGUCUGGCUGUGUGUGUUCCAGGUGUUCCGUGAGGCGCGUCGGAGCGUGCCCAGUGUGGUGUUCAUGCCCCACAUCUGUGAUUGGUGGGAUUCGGUCAGCGACACGGUGAAGAACACCUUCUUCUCUCUGCUCCAGGACGUCCCCUCUUUCUCCCCCCUCCUCAUCCUCGCCACCACAGAGACGUGCUACACACAGCUACCACAGGAG